ACAACAAUGAACAGAGACAAAGGAAAAGCUGUGUGGAAUUCAACUUUAACAGAAAUUUUCAUUAAAGAAUGCUUGGAACAAGUGUACAAGAAACAAAGGAAAGGAACUGCUUUCAACAAAAAUGGGUGGCAGGCAAUAAUUGAGGGAUUUGAGGCGAAGACAGGAAAAAAGUAUGAGCGAAAGCAAUUGAAAAAUAAGCUAGAUAACAUGAGGAAAGAAUGGAACGUAUGGCAUAAGUUGUUUUCAAGUGAAACCGGCUUAGGAUGGGACAGUGACAAGAAUACUGUUGAUGCUCCAGAUGAGUGGUGGGAGCGAAAAAUCUUGGAAAAUCCUCUUUAUGAAAAAUUUAGAUAUAAAGGUCUGAGAUUUGCAAGGGAAUUAACCUUGAUAUUCAAGGAUGUCCUAGCAACUGGGGAGACACUUUUUGUACCAUCUGCUACCCAGACCCAAAUAGAGGAUGAUGAUGAUGAGGAUGUGUACCGCCCUACUAUUGACCUUCGAGAAGGCUCCGGUGAUAGUGAAGAGGAACUAAAUUUAUCUGACACUAUAGCACCUACGGGGGUCACCGAUGAGUUGUUGGGCUUGAAUGUCACCAUAAAUACCGGUGGAACUAGUGGUGAUGGAAGUCAAGGCAAGAGAAAGAGGGUGGUAGGCGUUGGUGGGAGGAAAAAGCAAAAAGUCCCUGCCUCAAUGAAAAUAGCAGAUGCGAUGAGUGAAAUGGCUAAGGAUAAUAGAGCUAGAACAGAGACAGUGAACAAGAUUUUGGCAAAUGACAUAGGAGUUUCUGAGGUUGUGGCUCACUUAAAUGGACUUCCAGAAGUUUUUGGUGAUAAAGAUUUGCAUUGGAGAUGUGUCAAUCUUGUUCUAUACAAGCCUAUGCGAGAUGCUUACUGGCAACUUAAAGACCAUCCUGAUCACUUGGUCAAUUGGUUGAAGCACCAAGUCUACCAUCUACCGGAUUUUAUUUCAAAGAAUACAUCAGGAUGAAUUUUUAUUUAGGCUUAUGAUGACUUGACUGGUGUUUAUUUUGACUUAAAGACUACUUGUAGUUGCUUUUGGCUGACUUGUACCUCGCUAUGCUUAUGAUGACUUGACUGGUGUUUAUUUUGACUUAAAGACUACUUGUAGUUUCUUUUGGCUGACUUGUACCUCACUAUGCUUAUGAUGACUUGACUGGUGUUUAUUUUGACUUAAAGACUACUUGUAGUUUCUUUUGGCUGGUUUGUAAUGAAUAUUUAACUCUUAUCUAAUGCUUAUCUUAUGCUUUAUUUUUUAUGUUAUUAAAUGAUAUUUAUAUACUAUGUAUUUUAUAUUAUAUACAAAUGAUAUUCAUAUACUAUUUUACCUCAGGUUGAAAAUCAUGGAAGAUUCAAAUGAAUAUAUGUUAGGUUGGAAUGAAGGUUGGGAUGUAGAUGUAGCUCAUCAACUACUUCCCUUGUUACAACAAGAUAUAUCUGAGCAAGAAGAAAUAUGUCACUUAGUUGGUGAAUAUGUGAUGCCAUAUGUGUGUAAAGAGCCACGAAGAACUAGCAGGCAA